UGCUGAGCUGAAACCUCUGGCAGCUGAGCAUCUGUUCUCCUGUCAACAUCUGAAGACUUCAAGUUUUGCAGAGGAAUCAUUGUAAUCGAGCACAAGGACACUUUCAUCAUGGAUAUAAACAUCAUUAUGCUGAACGGGACUUCCCACGUCCUGAGAGUGAACCCUCAGGCCACAGUGGGCUCUCUGAAAGUCCUGAUCCAGGACAAACUUGGAGUCCGGGUUGAGACUCAGAGGCUGGUGUUUGUGAACGGGAUGAAUACUCCUCUCAGUGACGACUCACAGCCCGUCUGCUACUACGGCCUGCAGCAAGGAGCCCGGGUCUCCCUGCUGGUGACCCAGCCACCCACCAUCCAGGUCUUCCUCAGGAACGAGAAGGGGAAGAUCAGCACCUACGACAUCAAACCAGACGAGACCGUGGACAACUUCAAGACCAGGGUCCAGAGCAGAGAGAGAGAGGGAGGACAGGGGAUCCCAGUGAGCCAGCAGAGGCUCAUCCACCAGGGCAGAGAGAUGAAUGGAGGGAAGCUGUCCGACUACAACGUCGAAGCACAUAGCACCAUCGACCUGAAUCUGCGUCUGAGAGGAGGCUGAGGACACUAAUCUGGUUAAUUUAUCAGAAAUGAACAUUCCUUUAUUUAAAUUUUUUUUUUUUUUUAGAUUUAUAUUGAAUUUUACAUAUAGAUAUAUAUACACACACAGACAGACUAACAAUAUUAAUAUUUAUAAUUAAAUUAUACAAUGAAAUGUUUAGUCAGAAUUUUAAAGAAAGAGAGACAUGACAUUCCAUGUACUUCACUUAUCUAACAAAGAAAAUAAUAAUCCAGUACAACACACACAUUCCUUUAUUUAAUCUACACCGAGAUCAUGUUGCUUCAAAUGCAAAAUUUCUUAUUUAUUUGUAUUUUCAUUUGAAAAAACAACAACAAUGCAUUCCUCUUAAUUCAUCACAUCUUAAAAAUGUUUUGUUUAUUUUGUUUUGGCAUUACAAAAGUUUUUACAAACAACAAAGUAUGUUUUAAUCGUAUUUUGACAAAUAUACGUUUUAAUUGUUAACUGGAAACUGUUAAAAAAAAUAAAGAAUUUCAUUGUAA